AUGUGGGAUGUCAAAGUGGUGGUGAUGUCUACCACAGGGGUGUCCUAUAUCCUCUGGGCAGUUUCUUACAGCACAGAAUUUGUGGUGGGCUCGAGUCACCCUUUGCAGUCCUGGACCCCAAGAUCUGAGUUUCCCUUUGCUUUUGUCCUGCAGUCACACCCACUGUCCCUGUGCAACACCAGUGAGGAUGAACACACCGAGUCGGGAUUCAUCACCAUUGUCAAGCUGGAACAGCCAGAUCGGGAUCCCAACCCUUGCCUGUCGCUGGCUAACAAGGCAAAGCUGGCAGGGGAGCGUGGAGCCCGCGCAAUCCUUUUUGACAUCACUGAUGAUGAAAGCGCUGCUGAUCAGUUGAGAAAGCCUCGAGGUCUGAGUCAGCCUGUGGUUCUGAUCAGGGGCCAUGAUGCUGAGCUUCUCAUGGGUGUCGUGAACAAGAACAGAGAGGCCCAUGUGAAGAUAGAGGUCAAGGAGCCACCAGCUUGGCCAGACUACGAUGUGUGGAUUCUUCUCACGGUGGUCAGCACUGUGGUCGUCAUCAUUUUGAUUUUUGUUGUCCGCACAAAGUGCCAGCUGAACAGGACUCAGGACUCCCUGCAGCAGCAGACCCUGCAGGCCAUCGGGCGGCUGGCCACGCGGAGGUACCAGCCCAGGUGCCGGCAGGCGUCGCGCUGGGACUCGGGCAGCAGCUGCAGCUCAGCCCCAGUCUGUGCCAUCUGCCUGGAGGAGUUCAGCGAGGGCCAGGAACUGCGGAUCAUCUCAUGCUCCCAUGAGUUUCACCAGGAGUGUGUUGACCCCUGGCUACAGCAGCACCACACGUGUCCACUUUGCAUGUUCAAUAUUCUACCCAGAGAUUCAGUGGACCAGGCUACGGCUGCUGGCUCCAGGCUGGCCUCUCCGGACCUGGGGCCCGGACGGCGGCUUCACCUUUUCCGCCAGCACCCAGGACAUGCCCUUUACCACCUUCCACAUGCGUAUCCUCAGAGGAACCUCAGGAGCUUUCCCCCGGAGCCAGCUCAUGGCAAUCCCUUCUUCCACUCCCCAGAGCUUUCCCAGCUGGAUUUUGGCACUAUCCACUACAUGCCCUACAGACCAGCCACCUCCCUGCUCACCUGUGGCCACCCGUCCCCGCUGGCCCUGGGCUUGCUGGGCCAGCAGCACCCCAGCCCCUCAGCCUGUGGGCAGAUGCUGCCACCCCAGAGGACUUGUUCUCUCCAGCCCCAGCCUCCCUGCCUGGGGCUCAAGGCAGCCCAGGUGCAGAAGCAGCACCGGGGCCCUACACUGCGCCGGGGGCUCAGCCAUGGGCACCAGCACAACAGCAGUGGCUCCGGGGAGAGUUAUCUCACAGAGCACAGCGGGUACCUGGCAGAUGGGCCGGGCAGUGACUCCAGCUCAGGGCCCUGCCACGGUUCCUCCAGUGACUCCAUGUUGAACUGCACAGACGUCAGUCUGCAGGGCAUCCACGGCAGCUGCUCCACGUUCCGCAGCUCCCUCAGCAGUGACUAUGAUCCCUUUGUCUACUGCAGCUCAGAGGGACCUGCCAUGGACAAUGGCCAGGAGCAGCCGUGGCUCCCAAGGGAGAUGCGGCCCAGGUCCUUGGACCUGAUGGUGCCUGGGGGUGCUGCUCUGGCCAAGCCCCAGGUGCUCAGCCACGUCCAUUACCACCACCACCAGCACCAUCACUACAGAAGAGACCCAGAGUGUCCACCCAGGCAGGCUGGGCAGGGGCCUGGGCAGCAUAAAUCCCGGUACUCUGGGGCCAAGCAAUCUGGUGAACGAGAGGGGUUUGCUGAAGGUACUUUGGCUGCCAGGGGACCUGGUACCUUCAUGGAUCUGAAGAGGAGGUCCAGGAUGUCCAUGAACACUCAGUUUGACAAAACACUGGCCUGUUUGCUUACUGGAGAGCUGGAGUGA